UGGGGCGGUGCCCGGCGGGGCGCAGGCUCGCAGCGGCGCGGCGGCAGGCGCGGCCCCAGCACCGGCAGGAGCUGCCGCCGGGCGCCAUGGGGUGUUAGCGCAGCUGGUGCCCUCGCUCUCCCGCCGGAAGGAGCCGCCGUUGCCGCCUUGUCCCUCCCGCUCCGCUCCUCAGCCCGCCGCCCCCGGAGCCCAUGAGCCUGAACGAGCACUCGAUGCAGGCGCUGUCCUGGCGGAAGCUCUACCUGAGCCGCGCCAAGCUGAAAGCCUCCAGCCGCACCUCCGCGCUGCUCUCCGGCUUCGCCAUGGUGGCUAUGGUAGAAGUUCAGAUAAACUCAGAAGAUGACCACCCUCAAGGGCUCCUGAUAGCCUUCAGUGCCUGCACCACCGUCCUCGUGGCCGUUCACCUCUUUGCACUCAUGAUAAGUACCUGCAUUCUCCCAAACAUAGAGGCCGUUAGCAAUGUCCAUAAUCUCAACUCUGUCAAGGAGUCUCCUCAUGAGCGUAUGCAUCGGCACAUUGAGCUCGCGUGGGCGUUUUCUACUGUCAUUGGGACUUUGCUCUUUCUUGCAGAGGUGGUGUUACUGUGUUGGGUGAAGUUUCUUCCUUUAAAGAAGCAAUCUGAUAAUCCAAACCAGAACAACAGUUCUACAAUCACAUCAGGACAGGCAGCAGCCAUUGCAUCCACAUCUAUCAUGGUUCCCUUUGGAUUGAUAUUCAUUGUCUUUGCAGUCCACUUCUACAGGUCACUGGUGAGCCAUAAAACAGACAGGCAAUUCCAGGAACUGAAUGAACUUGCUGAAUUUGCACGGCUCCAGGAUCAACUGGAUCACAGAGGUGAUACCAUCUCCUCGGCUGUUACCCAUUUUCCAUAAACCUGUACUUACAGAAAAUAAACCCACUAUACUGCUUCUGCCUUGUUAUGUUGACUCCCCUGCGGAUCAAGUCGUCGAACUGUUGAUUACUGUUUAAAGAGAGGUUAUAAAUGUUGUUCUAACCCUUUAGAGAGGAUAAACGUUCCUUUCAUAACAUUUUGGCUGACACCCGGAGGAACGGGCGUCCCUCCCCUGAGCGCUGUCAGGUUGCUUCUUGCUGAAUGGUGGCUGUACAAACUCCUGGAAAAUAGCACUGUAAAUUGGGCUAUUUGUUAGAGAUGGGUAGAGAAGCUUGUCUUUUCUCUUUGUUUGAUGUUGGCAUUUACUAGAAGAUACUGCUUGUCCGAUCCAUAUUGCGUGGCAUGAUACAAAUUACUUGGGAUGUGCAGCAAUUAGCACUUGGUUUUGGUGCUAGCGCUGUUCUCUCUGGAAAGCCUGACAGAUGGUAGAAGUGAAAGCUUUCCCACCACUUCCCCCAGUAUGUUUUGCUGCCAAGUAAUUAUUACUUCACUGAUUUCUCCAAUGCCUUUUCCCCUUGGUAGUUACACAUUUUAUAACUUGCUAAACACCCAUGACUAGUUUUACUGCAAUGUGGUAUGGCCACAUGAAUAGGAAUGAGACUCUACUCUACUCUUCCUUGGAAGAAAAUAAAAGCAAUAACUGUUUUAAAGUUCUCAAGAGCUGGCAAAUACUGUCUGGAGAGAUAGAUUUGCCUGUUUCCCAUUUAGGAAUCUUUUUUUAAAAAGAAGGAACUAGAUGGAAAUUACCACUGGAUAAUUUUUUUUGCUUGAAAAUCAGAACCACUGCUGGGUUUUUUUUCCAAGCCAAAGUAGUAACUAUUUUGUACUUUUCUAUUAAAAAUAUAUUUUUAAUAAAUCCUCAGAUACAAGCAGCAAAAGGUGCUUUCUCUGCAUUGGAUUCCCAAGUAAUUAGCUCUGCCUUGGUCUUCCUUGUUUAGAAAAAGUCUUCUUGCCUACGUGUUGUAUUUAAUAACUUGUUACACGUUCUUUUUGCUUCCGAAAGACCUGAAAGACUACUUGUAUGUACAUUUAUUUAUGAAAGUAGGUUCCUUGUGAUUAAUAUUGCUGCUUACUUUCAGACACACGUCUGUGACAAUGAGGCUACUGUGCUGGGGUGUUUUUAUUUCUUCUUUAAGUAAAAACUUCCAUUUGGUCUCUUAGAUAAGAGGCCUGUCCAAGAGAGAUUGCAGCAGCUGUCCUGGGCCGCGGCCGUCAUUCUGGCUGUGGCUGGAAGCAGAAUUCUUUGGAAUGCGGUUCUUCUGUGGAGCAGCUUUGGGCUUUAAUGGGUAAAAGCUGUUUUUUGAAUACAACCUGAGACAGGUUUCAGGUCUAACAGAACAAAACUUGACUUCCUACCGUAGCUAACACUGUGGAACAGGAAUCCGGGAGUCUGCAAUUAGAGAGGAGUGAACGUGACAAGACGGCGGAGCUGUACCCGACCGACCUGGGCUGAACGCGGUGUCCCGCGCCCAACCUCCCUCAGGUUAUCUGACGCAUUGACAAGCAGCAGGAUGUCUCUGGGUAGGGUGGCAGUGUGUUUGCUACUCCAGCACCCUCAUGAAGCGAACGGGACUGAUUCCUCAGGUCAGCACCACCACACAGUGGGAAGUGUUGACGAGGUUGCCCGUAGUGUGUUCGUAUUCUGAAAAAUAACCAUAAAAAACCUGCUGCGCUUUUUUUGGGGUUUGUUUUCAGUGGCGUUCUUGGUUCACAACCAGAGAACAGCUUUCCACUUGCCAUUUUCACAAGUCCUUCCGGCAUCCAGAGGCCAAACUGGAUUUUCUCCAGCUCUGCCGUUAAUUACAUUGUGCUUCGAGUAUAUUCUAUUACUGCUGUGAAUCUGAUGAUGAUGAGAAUUGUGGCUACAGUCCCAUAGGUGUUCAUUGAUGGAGCACAGGAAGGGUUAUGUUAGUAAAGGCAUUAAUAAAGCAGCAUUCCAAAAUCUUAGUAGUAGGCACAAAAUGUAUUUUCCCGUCCUUUCCUGGAAUACCCAUCCCGUCUUGGGGAAAAAAGACUCUUAAACCCCCCCGUAAAGGAAGAAAACCUGACUCCAUAUUCAUACUAGAGCAAAAGGUUACAAGGGUGCUGUCAGGCUUAAAAAUUGGCUUCUGUCCAUAAAUUGUGUAUUUUAAAGUUACAUUAUUUUGAAUGGAAGUGCAGAAGACGUAUUUUCCAAGUUAAUUUUGUAAAAUUCUGUGCUGACCGGGAUAAGUAGCUGAAUUCUCUUUUUGUGUGUGGAUCUUUUACAAAGUGACAGAGGAGUGUGGAGGUUUGGGUUUCGUUUAGGAAAUACAGAAUUAGAAGCUAAUGGGACAACCUUAUUUUUAACUUUCUCGAGCUGGUAGGUUCUGAACUAAUAGAGCUGUUAUUACAGCUGCUUUUCUGACUGUUUUCUGCACUUUAAGCCAUGAUAUCAAGGAUGUUUCAUUUUCCAGCUGUGGAAAUGGUCGCGGAAGUUACACCUUGGGCACGCUCUGUGCCCCGUGCAGCGACCAGACCCACACACGCGGAUCUGAAGGUUAAAGAGUGCACUUAGAAUUUGGUUUUUAUCCCUUAUUUAUACUAAUGGUAUUACGCAUUUACCUCAAGCAUUUUAAACAUCGGUUAUUGUAUAUCACUUAUUUAGAUCUCAGAUACUGUAAUGCAAUAAAAUGUACUCAAUUGUUGACGAUUAUUUGUUA